AUGGCUAAUAAAGUUAUAAAUAAUAUAUUUACAAAUAAGAGCUAUGUUCUAAAUCAUUAUAGACGAAUCGAAUGGGUUCCUUAUUCAGCAAUUACAAGUUUGGAAAAAAUAGCAGAAGGAGGAUUUGGCAUUGUUUAUCGAGCUGUAUUAAAUCAAGAAGAAGUUGCGAUAAAACGAUUCUAUUCUAAAAAUAUUCAUAGCGGAAACUUAUUAUUAAACGACGAUAUGUAUCUAAAUUGUCAUAUUGGAGAUCUAGGGUUAUCACAACCUGCAGAUGUUAGCUCGCAAAAUAAUGAAAUAUAUGGUGUUAUACCUUAUAUUGCACCUGAAGACAAAUUCGAUAACUUAUAUGAUCCUUGUUUUUUUUUAAAAUGUAAUAAUGAACAUGAAAUAAUUAAACGAUGUGAAGAGAAAAGAUUGGAAUUGAUACAAUCUAUGAAACUUGGUCCAGAAUUUAGUGAAAAACCUCAUCCAAAAGCAAUUUAUACGAGUAGAGCAUUAAGUUCUAUGACUUUUAAAACUUCUUCUACUAGUACAUCGUCGUUAACAAUUUCAUCUAUUACAAAUCAAGAAUAUUUUUCAAGAGAGUUUGAUUUUGAUAUAAAUAAUAUUCAUAAUAUGCAGAAUAUUAAAAAUUUUCGUACCGAUAAUGUUUAA